GUCAAACGAAGUCGAGGAAACCAUGAAACGGAUCCAAUCCCAUAAGGGAGUAGUAGGAACAAUAGUUGUCAACUCAGAAGGCAUACCUAUCAAAACAACUUUGGACAACACAACAACUGUUCAGUAUGCUGGCCUGAUAAGUUCACUAGCAGAUAAAGCUAGAAGUGUGGUUAGAGAUCUAGAUCCUUCCAAUGAUCUCACAUUUCUGAGAAUCAGGUCAAAGAAACAUGAAAUUAUGGUAGCUCCUGAUAAAGAGUUUAUUCUUAUAGUGGUACAAAAUCCAACAGAUUAG